AUGGCUUUUUUUCAUUUUGCUGUGCGGCAGGUUCUGAUCAGCAUCGCCGUAAUUGGAAUGGUGGCUGUUACUUGGGCAAUGUCAACUCAGUUCAGCAAAACAGCACUUGUUAUUGACCCCACACAUUUUUACGCACCAUAUUUGAUGAUGUGGUUCAACACGAAUUUCAUGAUGGUCUGCUAUCCAGUGUAUUUAAUCUACGAGUUGAUUUUAUCGCGAAAUUGGCCCAAAAUUUGCAGAGCUUCCUUAUCGGUCUUCGGUGAGCAAGGUGUACGUCCUUGGACGGUGCCGUUAUAUGUCGGUCCGUUCCUACUGUUCUGGAUUGGUGCCAACUACACCUACUCUGCCUCACUUCUGUACAUCUCGGCCAGUAUGGCGACAACGAUCUCCUCCUGCAACGCAGCCAUGGUUUACAUGCUUGCCCUUCUCCUACUAGCGUUUCACAUGCUGUACCACUUACAACUCUUUUCGGUGGGAUUUGCUAUCGCUGGAGUGGUCGUUAUUUCGCUAGGCGGUGAGAUAAGAGUGAAAUGGCAAGGCGUGGCUCUUUCGGUCUGUUCCGCUGCUUCGGCUGCUCUCUACAAGGUGCUGUUCAAACGGUUGUUGGGAAACGCAAGCCUUGGUCAAGUCUCGCUAUUCAUGACAUGCUUGGGAUUUCUAAACCUCAUCUGUAACUGGCUGCCCAUGUUCAUUCUUCAACUGACCAAUGUCGAACACAUGGAAAUUGCCUUCAUCCCAUGGGUACCAGUGAUUGGCGCUGCACUACUGUCAUUGUUGUUCAACUUCCUGAUAAAUUUUGGAAUAGCAUUGCUUCAUCCGCUCGUAAUCUCAGUUGGUAUGCUGAUGGGCAUUCCGUUUAACACAGGUAUGACGGCUUCCAUGCUCUUAGUUAAAUUUACUUCUUUUUUCCAAGCACUGCUGAGUCCAUGA